GCGGAACGCAAGCGAAAACGCGACGAUAGGCCGUCGGAUCCCUCACGAAAGAGAACCUUUAGGGAUCCCUCACAAAAACCCCAACAAGAUGGUCCUCCUCGCCUACAGAGAGGGGGUUACCGAGGCCGAGGAUACCGAGGAAACGGUCGCCAAAGAGGUCGUUUCCCUAGCCACAACAACGGAUUCACUCGCGAAACACUAGUAAGAGAUAGCCGAAUCACUUCCGACGAAGGAUUGGAUCACAUCACCUGUUAUAGAUAUAGCGAGAAAGGACACUACGCCACCGACUGCCCGAAAGGACCUCACGGGAAAUCGGCUAAGGUGCAGAACGCCCAGCAGGGAAACGACAGCGAGACGGAGUAGACCCUACACCUUCGUCUCUCCCUCCAGUAGGGACUUACACUCGCUUUCACAUACCGAUUACCAUCCGAAACGAUAUCGAAACCCACGCGGAUCUCGACAGUGGAGCUGAGGUUGACCUUGUCAGCUUCGAAUUUGUCAAAACCCAUCAAUUCCAACAAGCAACACUGAUAGAACCAAUCAUCCGUGCCAUUAAUAAUCGCUCAACCCCAACGUACGGAGUUUGGAGUAUUCCAAUAAUCGUUACCGAUUCGAGGGGUAUCACACGCCGAUUCACUCGCUCCUGUGUGGCGAUUGAUCGAGAUCCCCGAUUAUCUGGAAGCCCAGUACUCCUCUCCAUGACAACCCUCUAUGACCACGAUAUAUAUAUUGCCGGACGAAGCGGUCUUUGGUGGUUUGGAAUGCCCUCUGUUGAAAUCAUACCAGCGAAGAAAUUCGCGAAACAGACCCGAAACCAUGCACAUGUCUUCGCCGUAGUGCGUCUACCCGAAGAAGUAUGGCUGCCAAUCGAUAGAGACACCACCGAAGAGCCGCCGAAUCCCAACCGAUUACCACCCGAACUUACAGAGGUUCACGACGCCUUUGCAUCUCAACAUAACGAUAUCUUACCUCAAUCUAACGACCACGACCACGCAAUUGACCUACUACCCGAUACCCAAGUGCCAUACGGCCCUAUCUACCCUUUAUCUCAGAAGGAACUAGCGGAACUCCGCCGUUACCUCGACGAAAACCUCAAGAAUGGCCGCAUACGCGAGUCCAAAAGCCCAGCGGGGGCUCCAAUCCUCUUUGUGCCAAAAUCUGACGGAAGCCUACGUCUCUGCGUAGAUUACCGGGGACUCAAUAAGGUUUCAGUUAAGAAUCGGUACCCUUUACCUCUCAUUUCGGAGAUUUUAGACCGGCUGUCCGGUGCAAAGAUCUUCAGCAAGAUCGAUAUCCAAGAUGCCUACUACCGAAUUCGCAUUAAGGAAGGAGAUGAGUGGAAAACAGCCUUCCGCACGCGAUAUAGGCACUUUGAAUACACUAUCAUGCCGUUCGGCCUCACCAACGCACCAGCAACCUUUCAGAACUAUAUACAUUCAACGCUUCAUGACGUUCUCGACGUCUUUGCGGUAGCUUAUCUCGACGAUAUCUUGGUCUUUUCGUUAGACCGGGAUUCCCACACAGACCACCUCCUUUAA